CUCCCAUCGCGAUCCCAUCGCUUUACUUCUUCUGCAGCAGCCUUCGCGAUUCCCAAUCCAGAUCGUCACCAUGUCCGGCCGCGGCAAGGGAGGCAAGGGGCUUGGCAAGGGCGGCGCUAAGCGCCACCGCAAGGUCCUCCGCGACAACAUUCAGGGCAUCACCAAGCCGGCGAUACGCCGCCUCGCCCGCCGCGGCGGCGUCAAGCGCAUCAGCGGCUUGAUCUACGAGGAGACCCGUGGCGUACUCAAGAUCUUCCUCGAGAAUGUCAUCCGAGACGCCGUGACCUACACUGAGCACGCUCGCCGCAAGACGGUCACUGCCAUGGACGUGGUCUACGCCCUCAAGCGCCAGGGGCGGACCCUCUACGGGUUCGGAGGCUAAGCCCUUUUGCAAGCUCGCUAUCAAUGGUGCUCGUGCUUCAAGUUACUAUAACUUUUUUGUUUAGAUUUGUACGAAUGACCCUAUUUGUAAAGGUGACUUGAACCUGUCAAAGGAUGCAGCUGGUUCAUUUAUUUGCUAUGAAGCUGAAAUCCUAAAAUGAAUCGGCCCUUUUGCCGAGCACUUAUUUGUUGAUCCUUUGAAAGGAGUAGAAAUUCAAUUUGAACAAUAAAAA